AGCUUUGUUGGCCCUUUUCGUAGAAAAACAAAACGUUCCACGUAACGGAUCACGUGCGAAUGAUUUAGCCGUUAAGCCUUUCUCAGUUCUCAGCCUCCCUCCGAUGGAUCCACUUUAAAACUCUGUUAAACCCAGAAAUCAUUCACUCACUUGUACUUUCCACCUCCACUUCAGAUCAAGAAAGAGAGGCAUUUAUAUAUAUUGCUGAAUCGAUCAGUUAAUUGUACACAUUUGAUCUCCCUGGCCUGCACUCUCAUCAUUAAUCAAUCAAUGGCUAAAACUGCCGCAGCUUUCUCCCUUCUCCUCUUGCUUCUGUCCUUCCUCUCAGGUGGGACCUUCGCACUAAAGAAUCAACAGAAAACAUGGUGUGUGGCUAAGCCUUCAUCAGAUGAGACAACCUUAAAGAACAACAUAAACUAUGCUUGCUCCAAUGUGGAUUGUAAGAUAUUGCAAAAGGGAUGCUCUUGCUUCUACCCUGACAACUUCAUCAACCAUGCUUCCAUAGCAAUGAACCUUUACUAUCAAGCCAAUGGAAGGAACUACUGGAAUUGCCACUUUGGUGGUUCUGGUCUUAUUGUCUUGACUGAUCCUAGUAAGUCAAUUCAACUUCUUUCAAUUUAAAUACAAUUUUCA